UUUUUCAACUCUUCGCUCAUGUGGUGAGCUCAUGAGGGCCAUGUAUGGGUUUUGUGCUUAGGUCUGCUUGAAGAAGCACAGGAGGAUGCAGACAUGUAGGACGACUGACGAGGAAGUAAAGCAACAAUAAAGUACACUUCUAUAGUUCGUAGAUGUUGAAUCUAGAAACUGUAGAUAUAUGUCCCACGUGAGAUAUCAGAAGUUCAGUCCGUAAUAUGACAUUGUCAUGGUUCCUAAUUUCCACAAAUUCACAGUUUCUAUUACAACCAAUCUUCUUGUUUCACACCUACUAGUAUAGAAUUAUUAGGGCAGGUCGGUAAUCCCUGAGCAAUAUGGCAGAGGACAAGUUGUUUGUCAGUGUCUCGUGUGUCAUCGCUUCUUUCAAUCGGCAGGAUGACUCAAAGCCAGCACUGUCUCCGUUCAUGAUCAGUGCAAUGGACUGUGAUCUUUUCAAACCUGAGAUCAGCAUCGAUGACAUGCUGUUCUAUCGUCAAAAUGCCAGGCUCUUCAAGGAAAUGUGGGAACACCAUCAGAGAGGACUAUUCUGGCUUCAUUUUGCUUCUUCCUUUUUCUACCACACCGUCAUUGCGACGAGAGAACCUCCGCCGGAGUGCCUGCCUUUGCCUGAAAGAGGAGAGUCGGACUCUGUAAACCAAAUAGAUCUGAAGAAGAUGAGAAGAGAAGCACUGGAGCGGUUCGUGUCACGCUUGAUUGCGCUAUUUGCUGCACCGGAAAAGAAUUUCAGUGAGGUACGCACACUGAUGAAGGACUGCUGCACACUGCGCGAGUAUGACUUCAUGGUGAAGGACAUCCUGCAUCACCGUUCAAGGGAUCCAUUCUAUCACAAGUCCACUCGGGAUGUCUAUCGUCGUCUUUAUGGAGCUCCUGGCAUAUCCUCAGCUAUAGAUGGCACGAUGAUGUAUCCGUACUACGCUGCGUUCGCCGGAGCCAUGGUCCUGUUGCUGCGCCAAUGGCUGUCGUUAUCGCGCACGGACAUCAUCUCGCCACUUCAUGGUGCAUGCCUGGUACCAGGCGACAUUCGCGGCAUGUGCCUGGUAGCUCUGCUGCUCAAUAAGGAAGCGGCACUCAAGGACGGCAGUGCAAAAGUAGAACACCUUGAAGCCAUCAUUUGCCAACACCUCCUCGUGGACCGCAGUCCCCCCGCCGCAGGCAUUGACCUACCCGAGAACGCUGCGCAGAUUAGCGCCAUAGUCGAAGAAGCUCUGUCCCCGGUACCGCUCCCGACAGGUACUAGGAGCCGUCUGCCCAGGGCUGUAGCCGGUAUCUGUCCGUCAACCAAGUGCCGAGUGUGCCAGGACAAGAGAACGCUGUGCACCCAAGUGGUCGGUAUGCGUGCUGGCUAUGACCCGUUGAAGCGCUUUGCAUGUGGACUUACCCGAGCGGAGCAAUUCAGCUGUGACGGCAAUUGCUACGACUUUGGGUACCGUGCAAGCCAGCUUGUAGCUUUCUUUCAUGGAUUUGAAACAAACUCUUUUGCUGAUAACUUCAUUUUCAGAACCAAGUCAUUGCUAGUACAAACAAAGCCAUGCAACAACUACUCUGUAGAGGUGCAGAUGUGCGACUUGUUCCAGCUCCAUAGACUAUUACAGAUCCAAGUGGCCACCUUUACGGACUGGGACGCUCUGACUGACGUCCGUCCCUACAUCAAACGUGUCUGGCAGCUGACACAGGCGUUCUGCGAGCUCACGUGCGAUUCGCUGUGCCUUGUUGAGGCGCAAAUGGAAGCUUUCUGCCGGGCGUGUGAUGAAAUUAGCUUGUUGGGGUCCAAAGACAGACUCGAAGGGCCUGACGAGUACUCUACAUUUAGGCACUUUCUGUCCAGCAUCCCGACGGCUAUUUUAGGUGCAGUUCACGUCAAACUGUUCGCACGGACUUCAAUCAUUCCUCAGUGGAGUACAACUCUGUCGAUUCCAGUUUUGAGUAUGGUGCUGGAGCACCACAAGCCCAUUCUAGAGUCUGCUAGCAAGUCUGCGUACUGGAUGGAGGACACAGCGAGCAGCACCAAGCUCCGUCAGUCAUGCUGCGCCAUUGCUGCUGUUCUCAAGCAUACCGUGUCGGAGGUGUUAGACUUGCUGCCGCUGGCGUAUCGCAUGGUCGCCAUCUUGCAAACCACCGGCAUGCUCCUUGCCCAGAGUGAAUCUGCCGUGGCCGAUAUUGCGCUGAUCAAGGAAGCCAGCCAGCUGUCAGAGCGGGAACUUGCACCUAAGAUCCUUGAACAGCCAGAGGAGAGCGCCAUCGCACAGACUAUGACGGCACUGGCCGGUGUGAUGCACCAAGUGCACAAGUACAACCAGCAGCUCGCGGCAAGCACAGAUACUGCUGCUGCUGCUGCACAGGCCAACUCCAACCCUACUGGCGCAUCACAGGACACAGUAGCAUCAACAGAAUCAGCACCGUCGGAAUCAGCAGCAACGGUAAUAACGUCUGGGCAUGUUGCUUUCACGAUGCACACAUGCAGUUCUCAUGAGCAGCAUGAGAAACACCUGGCACAACGACUUGCCCAACAGUGUAACCAUGAAGAGAGACGGCAGUCUGCUAAGCAGAAAAUUGAGUCUUACGGUACGACACCCGACAUCCUCCUACGUGCCUCCCAACAUGCCAACAAAGGUAGCAAGACGAGGACAUUCGAUCUGCAGCUGAAAACAGAAAAGGAUGCCGCUGGCGUUACCCAGUCACCCGGGUCUGACAGCAGGACAGGUGAGCAUGCAACUUCUAGUGACACGGCAACAAGUUUGGCAGCAGCAGCAAGCAAAUUCGCCGAAGCUAGCUCCCAGGCACCUGCUCCAGGGUGGACAGCUGAUGGUGAUCGACGGCGUCAACACCAAGACCAUGGGGUUGAGUCUGCCACUAGGGCCAAUGAUGAAGGGGACGAUGCUGUCUCUGAGGAGACGACACUACGCCGCAUUGUGGAAAUGGAGACUGCGGCACAGUCUAGCCCUCGCUACGUCCAGGAGCACGAGCUUGCUGAGUUUGAUCGCGCUGCGAAGGCUCGCCGUCAAGACUUGGACGAGAACGACGACGCAGCGGAGAUGAGAGCAGACCGGCGACCGCGUGUUGAUUAUGAUGAGCUCAGCCGCGCCAAUUUCACCUUUGAUGGCUUCAACACUCUGAAGAAUUCGCCCACGUGCACUGCCAAAGACAAACACGGUGCUGCUGGACCAGGCCGUGUCAACAUUGACGUGUCACUCAAGCGCCUUAACCCGGCCGCGUACCAAGCACGCGAGAGCUUUGGACUGUCGGAGUACGUGCCACUUUACUCCGGCCAUUGCUCGUGCACAUCUCCGUUCUGCAAGAAGUGCAUCAACCCGCUCGUGGCACCGGAUGUUGUCCAGUUUGGCUACAAGGACGGUUUGCAGGUAUCCAAGAAGCGUAGCUCCAAGUCGGAACGUGCACGCCAGAAGGAGCUGAACCGCUUGGCGAAAGUCAAGAAGAAAUCUUCAAUAUCAGGUGCACAGCAGGCUAAGCAGCCCUUGCCAGUGGAGAAAGACAAAGGUAGUGCCAAAGAUCUGGAAAAAAAAGUAAUCAGGUCUGAGAAUGAAAUCCCUCAGCCAGCUGUGAGCACCCUGAAAGAGGCCCCCACAGACUCGACUAGUCAGGAGCAGCCAUCAGAUGCUGCACCACCGUCACCAGUAAGCUUAGCAGCAGAUCAAGCGGACCGUCCUCGGUCCUCUCCAGUAGACGGGAAGCGGGUGAGAACAAUCAGUGAUGAUAGCAGUGCUGUUCAGGUAGGAUGCCAUGAUCACAGUAUUGUCAGGAAUUGCGAUAGCCCCGCUGAUCAUGAGUUACCUAUGGCAAGAAGCAAUUGUAGACUUGAUGUAACAGAGCCUGGUACCGCUGCACCCUGUUCUAGCAUGUGCAGUGACAGUGGUGACGUUUACACCACGGGCAGCAAUGCAUCAGCUGCAGACCAAAAGAACACUGAUGAGUCCGCACGAAAGGACACUGCCAAUGAGAUACUUCUCACAACAGGCCGCCAUGAUAGUAACCAUGGUGAUGAUGAUGCUGGAGAUAAUGAUGACGGCGCAAACUGCGAUCAGGACGCUUCGUCGCCAUCGUCGUCGUUAUCGUCGCCCAACAUGCAGACUAGCAGCAGUGACCAGACCAGCCGUAAGCAGCAGCAGCCGCCGCGGCUCAACACCUGCUCACACUGCGCCACCGUGGAGCCGACGAGAAAGGCGUACAAGAAGUGCAACAGGUGCACAGAUCCCCUAACUACACGUUACUACUGUUCACGGGCGUGCCAAGCCUCUGACUGGAAGGCUCGCCAUCGGCGUGAGCACAGAGAUGAAGUGGGAUAGUGCAUGCUCACUGCCUGGCACUGUGCUCAAAGUAUUGACCUGAGCCGGGUAGGAUCCUGCCAUGAUUUGUUUUUUCCAUCUAUUUUGUUGCAUCAGUGGUCAUACUCUUCACAUCUCUUGCCGCUCCUGCACAGUUCUUGCUUUGUCUUUCUGGCGAGUGCUAGAGACCCCAGUGUGACCUACGCAUACACCACACACUCGGACUCUGCCUUUAGUUUACACCAGGGAGUGGUACGAACUCCAUGCUGCUUUACACCAACCAGCAUCCACACCAGCAUAACAGUGGCUUGGUUUGUGCGAUGUGUCGUCCCACCCGUCCGAUUGCCAGCGGUUUGUGGUGUUGAAGUUCUCGGCGGACUGCUGCACUUGAAAACCUUAUGUUCAACAUCUUCUCUAUUAUCACUCAUGAAACGAACAACAGACCUCGCGCUCUGCUGUCCAUCUGAUCUUGAUCAGCAUAUUUCCUCAUGCAAAGCGUUAGUGCUUUGAUACAUAGUAAUCCUCACUUUUCAGAACAAGCUCUGUGGCUGGACCACGUUAUAGAAGACCAAAGUUUCCCAUGUUUCGUUUUUUAUUGAAUUAUUUUUUAUUGAUCGUGUCUGUCUUUGUACUGCACAAAACACACACUAGCCCGCUAUCAUCGUCCAUCCAUGUGUUUUAGACGAAUGGUGAAGAAGCAUGGAACUUUGGAGUCUCGUUCGAAAUCAUUGUGUUCUCUGCUUGCAUUGUAGUAGCAUAAGUGACUUUUUAUUUCACAGAG